CACGCCCAAUUGGGUAGACUAGAACUGAGCCAUACAACUUGCUGCCUCCUUUGCAUAUUCUCGCUCGACCUCCUGCUGCAUGGCCGAACAAAAAAAACUGCCCAGCUACGUCUAUCUACCUCCGGAGGCUGCUCGUCGCCAAGCCGAGAACAUCCGCAACGGCACACACAAGCUCAUCUCCUCUGAAGUUCGAUGGAGGGACCGGUACCUUUUUUUGCAGGGCCAUGGCUAUCAGUUAAGACAGAGAUAUCGCCCUGGAUGGGAGCCUUCGUGGAUGGGAACCAACCUAGACCCAGAGUUCUGCGAAGAUUUCGUUGUCCUUAUUAAUCCCGACGUAAUUGACGCGACACGCAUCUCUGACGGAUCUUGCGUUGCUAUCAAGACUAUAAGGCGCACGUCCCACGAGUUCCCGAUCUCACAGUUUCUGUCGACCUUACAACAUCCAGCAAAUCAUUGCGUGCCGGUCUACGACGCCCUCGAGGACCCUUUGGACCCAAGCAUGUCACUGAUGGUCAUGCAGUACCUUCGACCGUGGAACAAUCCCGAAUUCUCUGUGCUCGGCGAUGUUACAGACUUCGUGACGCAAUUGCUCGAGGGCUUGGAAUUCCUCCAUAAUAACCGAGUUGCGCAUCGUGACGUCGCAUCGCUCAACAUUAUGAUGGACGGAAGAGCGUUAUACCCUCGGGGACACCAUCCGAUCAGGAAGAACCGUUCCCUCGAUACCAUAGAGGCCCUUACGCCUCUACAGCGCAUUGACCAUCCCGUCAGAUAUUUCUAUGUCGACUUCGGGCUCUCAGUACGCUUUCCGCCUGGAUCGCCAACGCUGGUCGUGGGCGACGUCGGUCGGGAUGCAGAGGUUCCGGAAUUAUCAUCAACUGUCCCCUACGAUCCAUUCAAGGCGGAUAUAUUCGCCCUAGGGAACCUCUUCGACAAGGAGUUUGAGCAGCGGUACCACAGUCUCGAGUUUCUCCGGCCUCUCAUCGACUCUAUGAAGCAGAGGCGACCAGAGCUGCGGUUGUCAGCGAGCGAACUCGUACAGAUGUUCGCGGGGACACGAAAGACGCUCAAUCCGAACGGCUUCCGCUGGCGUCUGGGCCCGAAAUCCGAGCCAGCCUAUGAGAGACUUUUCAACGAUGGCGUCGCGGUCGCGAAGGAGAGUCUCAGUCAGCUUCGCCGAUACGUACGGUCGUAG